CCGUUUCGUUUGAUUCCAGGGCCACCGCCACGGCUCGGGCUGAAGGCGGCGAGCCCCGGGGUGGCAGGCGCCGACGAGGACUGCAACAGCAACACCAGCCUCACCGGGAGCCAGCACUCGGCUCACGAUGACCUCGACGCGCACUGCGAUAACUCCGGUUACCUGUGGUUCCUCGAUUAUAACCCAAUUUUUCGAGACGGCUCCUGCCACCACACCUCGGUGCUGUCCUCAGUUUCCGCCUCGUACAAGGGUAUAAGCGACCUUGCGUCCCGCUUCGAGUUCACAUCGAGGUACAACGACCUCGCGCGCGACCUGGACGCGAACCUUGCCGAGGCAGACAUGGAGAGCUUCAGGACUGAGGACAUACACGCGCUGCUCAUGACCGCCAACUUGCCACACGACGCCAUCAUCGACGACAGGACGCAUGAUGGUGAAGAAUCCGUCGGUUCGAUCAACACAAUGUCGAUAUGCAAGUCGGAGCUGUUGUUCUCCCCGGUGAAGGAGGGCGGACACGGCGUCCACUUCAGCGUGGACAGUCUCGACUGCGAGCUGCCCACCGAGCAGGACCUCAUCCUAACCUGCCAGGCCAACAAGGACAACUACACGAUCGCCUUCGAGGGCAGCCUCACCACUUACUCUGAGGAUAGUGAGUGCGCCGAACCAGCCGUCAAUCAAAAACAUGACAAAUUGGGUAAGGAAGAAGAAAACGUAACUUUAGAUAACGAUGAAAGAACGCGCAGGAAUUUAGAAUUAUUAGAAAGAUGUAAGAAGAUUACAAAUAAGUUAACAACAUCUAUGGCUAGAAGUGAUUUAGGAUUAACCACAUGGAGUAAACUUAAGAAACAAAGCAGUCAGUCGCCAUUAAGAAG